AUGUUUGAUUACUGCAUUGAGAGUAUCACUUACAAGUUGAUAUUUUUUGUCCAAAAACUGAAUGUCAAUGUUGUGCUAGUUUCUGCUAACUUAGUUGCUCAAGUGAAUAUGAUUCUCAUGCUUAAUGGGGAAAAUUUCAAACUGUGGAAAGAGCAAGUGGAAAUUGUUCUCGGCUGCAUGGAUUUAGACAAUGCACUAAGAACUGAGAAACCCACUUCUACUCCAAAAAAUUCGAAUACAGAUAAGGUUGAGAAGUGGGAACACUCAAAUCGUAUCUGUCUGAUGAUCAUGAAACGCUCCGUUCCGGAGGCGUUUAGGGGCUCGAUAGUUGAGACUACGGAUGCCAAGAUAUUUCUGAAGGAACUCGAGCAAUACUUUGCUCGAAAUUAA